ACCGUCAAUCAAAAAUCUGAAAGCUUUCACGCUUUUUUCCACCCACAAUUUUGGUUUCGGAUUACAUCACAAGUUGACAUCUGAAAAUUGAAAACAUCGUAUGAUUUUUUACCGAAAGCUAUUCUCCAAAAUCCGAGCAAUUUAACAGAAAGAGAUAAAGGCGACUUCACCUGAAGAUUCUAGACUGAUGAGAAAGCAGACAAAUAUAUCACGCGCGUGCUUCAUUUUAUGGGAGUCUCAGAAAGUUUUCUGGUAAAUCCUUGAAACCAAAAUGAAACAAUCAGACAUUCUGCCAUGCCAAAUUCAACAGUGGUAUCCCCGUUUUCACAGCGUUUCUAUCAGAACGAUUCUCCUUCCCUUGCCUGAAUCCUUCAUUGAUUUUCUGUUAGAUGAUGGUGGAUUAUUUCUCCCUAAAACCAACGAGGACGAGGAUGCAUUACCAGCACGAGUAAAAAUUACAUGCCCAGAUCUACAGGCAGAAGAUUAUCAUCCUUGGCAAGAAGAAGAAGAGGAAGAGGAAGGAGGAGGUCAGCAUCCGGCAAACGCAGCAACGUUUCCAGAUUUAGAGAAGGCCGUAAAAGAAUCCAUUAAAACCCUCGGAGGGUUCGUCUUUCCUAAACUAAACUGGAGCGCCCCCAAGGAUACCGCGUGGAUCAGCACUAAUGGUACUCUCAAAUGCUCAUCUUUUAGCGAAAUUGUUCUUCUUUUAAAGGCAUCGGACAGUUUGGUGCACGAUUUAUGCCAUGCAUUUGAUAGCUGUGAAGACAAAACCCUAGAAAGGCCCUCACAAUUUUACCUCGCAUUACGGAAAUGGUAUGAUUUGAGACCUGAGAUGGAGUUUAGAGGGUUUGUUAAAGGGGGCGUCUUAGUGGGUAUUUGUCAAAGAGAAGUUACAGGCUUUUAUCCGGCUUUACUGGAGAAAUUGGAUCAGCUUGAGGAUUCUAUUUUUGAUUUUUUUAGGGAAUAUAUUAGCGAAAAAUUUGAAACCCUAGAUUAUGCUUUUGAUUGCUAUGUGAGAAAAGAUGGCAAGGUAAAAUUAGUUGAUUUUAAUCCGUGGGGGGGUUUUACACUGCCUCUGCUUUUCACCUGGGAAGAUCUCGGAAGUAAGUAUGUGGAAGCUGAUGAGAGGAUUAAUGUCAUGGUGGCCAAUAGGGCACUAAAAGGGGAUUUGAGAUUGACUGAUAAAACAGAGUUGAAUUUGAGGUUGAGAGAAGAAGGGUAUAAAUUGGAUUUUAGGGUUGUGGAAAGUGAGGGUUGUGUACAGCCGAGCCUUAGGGCUUCUAGUGGGGUUCCUUAUGAUUAUAUUGAUACGGGGCCUGGCAGUGCUUGGGAUGAGUUUUUGAGAAAGGCUGAUGAGGAGAUUAAGAGACAGGCCAAUGCCGCAGGUGCAUGAAACCGGUUCAUGUGGACGUAAUAGGAACAGUGAUCAAUGCUCGUAGUUCUGCAGAUCUUGCCGCCUUAACAGACAACUUCAGGUCUAGGAGAGGCCAACAUGGACACUGAAGGACAAUGGACGCAUUCACCAAGUUGUCACUUUACCACACUUGAAGACCAAAUGGAGAUAGUCAUCUUGGGAAGCGUGAGGCUAGAUGAAAGUUGAGGUUUGAUGUUGCCCCGAUAGAUUUAUAGCAUUCUGCCCACUUACAGAAAAAAAGGUUUAAUUAGUUCUGUGGGUUAUCAUGGAGAGAGCUAUGUAAUCAAUUCUGAGGAAUGUCUGUGAUUCAAAAUCAAAGGUCUUCCAAUUGGAAACAAUGUAUCUACUAUUACAGGUUGUCCUUGUGAGUUCUCAAGAGAUUUUUCUAAUUUUCUUCAAUUGUUUUGAAGAAAGUUAUUCAAAUCAUAAAUGCAAUGAGGACCAUACCUUAAAAUGAAGGUUCAAGCUAUAUGACUAUUUACAAAGAUGGUUCACUGACCUACCCUUGCAUGUGCAGCACAAGAGGCUGGCAAAAUUUUUAUGUUGAAAUUACCAACAUGGGAGAUUGUAACAUCUACAUUGUUGUUGCUGUUGAAACUCGUCAUCGGAUCAAUAGUGACAUUUCCAGACCAGGUGAAUUUGCUCUUAGCAUAUGCGAACUCUGAUCCCCAUAUUGAAAUGUUUCAGGACGCUGUCUGCCAAAGCAAUUACAUGCAUAUUUUUUAAUGGUAGAGAUUUAAAAAUCCCUAUAGUCAACAAGGACAUGAGCUUAUCAACAAGUCUACACUGCCUUGCUAUAGUCAAGGACAUCAGCUUAUGGAAUUAGUAUCUAUAACUGAGAUUAGUUGUCUUUACCCUGAUUGGUCCAAAAGACAGGCAUCAGUUUCCUUGUUAGUGGAUCUAACAUGCAACAUUGAAAAUUUACAGCCAAAGGUGUGGGUUGAGGUUUCCUCAAACCAGCCAGGAACAGUUGUUGUUCCAGAGGAUUCUUGGAGGACAACAGACAGGUACAAAAUUGAUUCUUCUCAGAUAGACUUUCCAGUAUGAGUGACAUUAUCAGUUUUUGAUCAAAAUGCCAUAGAAUUUAAGAAUCAAAUGGAAGGAGUGUUCAGUGUAGAAAAUGGCAGAUACGCUUCCCCUGUCGUCAAGGAAAAAUUGGUCACUUGGCAAGAGAAGAUCAUUUUUUACUCAGCAUUGUUUUAUGUGUGAUAGAAGAGUGCCCUACUGUAAGUCAGACAGCAGCAGUAAACUGUAUAAAUGGCAUGCUUGAAGCCCUUGUGAAAGGACAAAAACUGGCAAACCAGAGAACACAAACCUAUCUUCCAAAAAUUUACAAAGCAUUAUUAAUGUUGAUGCAGAAAUGUCUCAAUGCUUCAAUGAUGGCUGUAAAUUUAACAAAAAAAACACUUGUUAUAAUGCUCAUGGGUAUCUUGACAAACUUGAUGUAGAAGGAAGAGUUGAUUGCAGAGUUUAUAAUAUAGUUAAUGAAGGCAGGUCAGGGUUUCAUCUAACCUCUUCAUACAAAUCAGGGUUUUUGCCUUGAAAGUGUAAAGAGCUAGAGAUAAUUGCCCAAAUCUUCUACUUUGUAAACAAAUUAUUUUUCAUUGUAAUGAAGACAUUUCUUGAA